CAGGGUGACUCAAAGAUAUCUCGAGACCUUUCAUUUCAUCAUAGCUUUUUCCUCGUUUACAUUUUCUACUAUGUACAUAUUAUACAAAAUCUUUCCAUUCGCCCCUUGAACUCUGUAUCCAAUCAAAUAUUUUUUCCUUAUUUAAUUCUCUAUCAUUUAAGCUUUAUUUGAUCUAAUUAUCUUUAAUUUAAAUAUGUAAAGUUAUUUCAUAAAUAAAGUGUCCAAAUAUUUUUGGGUCUUAGAAUUUCUACAAAAUUUAAAAUCUUUUUUUAAUUUAUUUUAGGGAAUGACUUCUUUAAUAAAUAAUAACAAUACAAUUACAAUUCCAAAACAAAAAUUACUAAAUAAUCAACAACCGGAAGAAGAAGUGAGAAAAAAGAGAGGGGCAGGAAGUAGUAAUUGUAUUCUUUUACCAAAUGGGAAAAAAACAAAAGGAAGAGUUAAAAUAAAAAUGGAAUAUAUUGGAAAUAAAUUGAGAAGAUAUACAACUUUUAGUAAAAGAAAAACUGGAAUUAUGAAAAAAGCAAACGAACUUUCAACAUUGACAGGCACACAAGUACUUUUACUUGUUGCAUCUGAAACUGGACAUGUUUAUGCAUUUGCAACAAGUAAAUUAAAGCCUAUGAUACUCUCCGAACCUGGAAAACAAUUAAUUCAGAAUUGUUUAAACGCAACAGAAGGUAUUUUUUCUUUUUAA